GGAGAGGGGCCCAGGGCUGAGUCACCCACACCCUGACCUGCCCCUGGGUGAUGGCCAGGGCAGGACCCACACUGUUCGAGACAAAGCCAGGUCCAGCUGGAGAGUGAGGGGAGAAGGCCCACUCUGCUGGCCUCGCUGACUGCGGAGCGUGGGCACAGCAGAGCGCAGGGUGGGUUGGGGUCGGCGUGGUGCCUGGCACUUGGAGGCCCUCCCUGGGGCAGCUGAAAAGAACGCUCCGGCUGAGGACUGGCUCUGAGGUCAGUGCUUGGAGGACUACAAGAGAAGCUUGGAGCCAUGAGCACAGAAGGCCUCCGCCUCAACAGCUCCCCGCCCCCCAGUCCCCUCGCCUAUCUCACAGCUCCUGUCACUCCGCUGACCCCCGCGGAGGCAGCCGACCCCGUCCCCGUGCUCAUCGCCCUGGCCUGCAUCUUCCUCCUGCUGGCCACCUGUCUGCUCUUCAUGACCCUCUCCAAGCCCGCCGCGCUGGACCCGAGCCGCCGCGGGGCGCGCGAGUGCAUGCCUCACCACCCCGGGAGCCCCAGCGAGCCCCAGCUCCGCCUCUGGAAGCGCCUGGGCUCGCUGCGCCACUCCCUGCACAGCUUCCGGCGCGGCCGGCCCGCCGCCCCACGGCGCCCCCUGCAGGGCGGCGACGACCACAACAACUGCGACUGCAUGGAAACUACUAAGAUGUGACGCGCUGCAGACCCUCCUGCCUCCCAUGGGGCCUGGCACCCCCAGGACAGCAGCUCAAGCAACCGGGGCCACGCACUCACCCCCGGCGGUUUCCAAGAGAUGGCCCCUGAAAGAGUACCUUCCUCUCUGCAGACCCCCCAGCUUCCCCCUGUUGAAAGACCCCAGGGCCAAGAGCUGAGCACCUGGAGCCAUCCUGAGGAUACAACCUGGGGCUCCCAGGGCCUCCUUCUGGCCACUGGGCACCAACCCCCCUGCUGGAAGCAGCAGCUCUGCUUCCCGACAGAAGCUUUGCUGGCCCUCCCAGUGCCAAAGCCCAGCUCUGCUUCCAGUGCUAGCUGCUGAAUGAUCCAAGGUUCCCUCCAGCCAAGUGAAAUAGCCCACACUGGGAGCAAGGUCCUCUCCUGCCCCUUGUGCCAACUCAACGUACAAGGCAAAAGGGAACUCAGCAAUUCUGCUCUUCAGAUUUCCUGAGCCUGCCCGCAUCUGCCUGGUACACCAUGGAAACUCUGGGCACCCUUCUGGUGGUUUGUAGGAGCCUAGGGCCUGGCAACUCCAGUGCGUGUGGGGUUAGUUCUUCCCCACAGCCCAGCUUCAGAGAGGCCGGGUAGACCAUGGUGGGAUUUAGUGUCCUUGGGUCUCCUGUCUGGGCCACAGGUACAGCUUGAGGCUGACACUCUGGGGAGGUGCACGCUCCCUCUGGGCCCGGAGGCACCCAUGUCUGUGAAAGUGGUAACCACAGGGGGGUCUUUAUACUGGGACUUGCUCUGGCCUUGCUCGGGGAAGGAGGGUGGGAAGCCCCACAGCCAGAGGGCUGAUGGUGUGUUAACUUGCAGCCCUCCAGGGCGGGGAGUGCAGGGGCAAGGGGCCUGAACUAGCUCCGGCUGCAGGCAAGUGAGACUGGCGAUGGCGUGGCCCCCCAGCUGCAACAGGGGCCUCCCUGGACACUCUGAAUGGAUGGGGCAGACCUUUGGGCCUGCCUUGAAUAUCCUGUACAAGCUGAGGAUGCUGGCCUCGCUCUGAGUUUCUGCAGUGCCCAGGGGGAGUGAUAGGCCGCACCCCUGUUAAGGCCUGGCCAGUACCUUCCCCCAACACUCGGCCGCCCUGGCUCUCUCAUCUGGACACUCUCUAGCUGGCCUAUGCCCCGAUGAGCUAGGGGCCUGGAUUUCACCAAGUGGGGGUCUCACCUGCACUCCGUGCAGAGCAGGGGUGUCCUUGCAACAGGCCCCACCCCUCUGUCCUCAGGGGGGUGGGGAGGAAGGCUUCCAUCUGGACACGCUGCCCCUCCAACCUCACUCCCACCCCCAUCUCUUAGGAUAAAGCCCCAAAUCUUCAUCAAGACCCACAAGGCCCUGCAUAGUCUGAGUCUGCCCUACCUUCACCUCUGGCCUCAUCUCUUGGUCACUGUGUUUCUCCAACAUGUCCCUUUCUAGCCUGUCCCAGGCCCUUCAUUUUCCCUAUUCCCUCUACCCAAGAGCGUUCGCUCUCUUCCCCUCUGUGACAGGAAAUCUCCUUCUCAUCCUUCAGGGCCCUGCCUCAGGAAGCCCUCCCGGACCCUGAGACUAUGUCAGGCCCACCUGCUCCUUGGAACUAACUUCCUGCUCAUGGAGGAAGGACACUGGCUCUGCUCGUGCUCACCCUAUCCCCAGUGCCUGGCCCCUAGUAAACACUCCAAAUAUUGGCUGAAUGAAGGAAUAAAUGAACAACUGAAACAUCUCAGCCUGAAGGGCAGCAGCAGCCCCUUGGGAGACAAGUGGGCUCCUCUCACAGGGGGCAUUUCUGGAAGCCUCUUGUCCCUGGCCAGGCUGUCAGCCCCCGGGUGUCUGGCCUGGGGCCAUGCGGAGAUGCCUGGGUGCCAAGGGGCUGAGGGACGAGCAGGAGACUCUCAAUACUAUCUGUCGAGUUGCCCACGGCAGGCUCAGUCGAGAAGGGGGCUGGGGAGGGGCUAAGAGGCUCCUUUCAGAGGCCAGGACGGGUGUGUGUCGGAGUGGCAGGGGUCUGGGAACUUCCAGCAGCUGGAGAUGAUGACUGGGCGCCAAGAAGGAUAUGUCAGAGCAGCCCCACGCCUCCCCCUUUUGGUCUUCUCCAGGAUGGCCGUGGGAUCUCGCGUUUGGACCACACUAGUUACGCAUGUGAUUUUAGUGAUGGCUUCACUGACUGGCUGCCUGGCAGGAAGAAGAUCCUAACCCAAGACAGGCUUCUUAGAAUUCCAAACCCUAGACCUCUCCUCCCAUGACUAGGGUUAAACAUUUUGGUUGGGUCCCAAAUUUGGAGAAUGGUCAGAGGGGGGUCUGGGCUGCCUAUUUCCUGUCCCAGAGAGUCAGCUGACUGGGGCCACCUCUGGCCCCACCACGGGGCUGUCCCACUGCACUCUGCCAAGACCCAUGGUGCAGCCAGCCAAGUCGUCUCACAGAGCAAGCGCUGGCUUUGCUGCCCCCCAGCUCCAACAUCUUCACUGGCUCCCUAGUGCUCACUGGAAAAAGCCACAGCACUUUAGCUCGACACCCUCUGGCGCUGGCUCCAAUGUGUCUUUCUAGUCUCUUCUCCCAUCAUGACCCAAGAUUCCAGGAAAAGUGAACUACCCAUUCUCCCCUGGCUGCUGCACAGGUGUCACAUGGCACCCCCUCCAGUUGACAGCCACUGCUGACAGCCUGGAUCUGUCCACACUCUCUCGUGCCUCUCCGAGGGAGGACAGGGUCCCUCUGUUCUUGGCAGUGUAGGCCUGGUCUAUGUCUUCUUCUUUCUAUAAGCCUGGGAGCUCAGAAAGUGAACCCUUGUCUGACCCCUCACGUUGCCGUCACCUGCUGCUGGCACAGAACACGAGGCUUCUGUUUACACCCAGGCUGUGCCCACGCCCCAAAGCUCAUGGCAGAAGGGGUGCUGGCGGGAGACUGCAAAACGCAGAGCCUCUCUGCUCCUUGCAGGCCCCACUGGAGAGGCCUACAGUGAUUUCCUUCCAUGUCAACCUGACACCAAAGAGCAAAUCCAGCUUUGCAAGAAUCUUACUUUUAAGGCCUUGGAGAAGUUGCCAGUGCCUGAAUUCCUCCCCCUGGGAAACAGGGAGACGUAGGCUGGCCCCACAUUACUCAUAGGCUCUGAGAUUUCAGUCUGAAUAGCGCUGGGUAAAUAGAAACCUUUCUUUUUUUUGGUGUUGAGAAAGUGGGGCAGGCUUCCUCCCAAAGGGCUCUCACCCCCUCCCUUCCUGCUUGUUAACCUCUUCCUGGUUUGCUUCCCCCAGGGCCUCACUGAGGCACACGGGCUGAGUUCUGUCUGCGGUGGGUCACCCACCACGGUCCCUGGCCAGCAGGCUCUGCUUGGCACUUGGCCCUGAGGUCUGAAGGAGAAGGAAGAACCAGGGAUGGGGCGAGGAAGGUCUGGCUGCACCCCCAGGUUGGGCAGGGCUGCUCGUCCUGUCGGUGAGCAGGGGUGGCAGGCACUAGGCCAGGGGAGAGGUAGGGACCUGCAGCUUUGAGCUGGGGGCUCCCCAACUCCCCAAGGGAGUUCAAACACACCCCACUGGGGCCCUCCUCCUUCCUUCUUUGGGACACCAACUACCAGACUCCUGCAAAUCCCUGUGGCCUUGUGGACCCUUCCCACUUGUGGGAGUCAGUGUCCUGCUCCCCAGCCCCUUUCCUGACCCCCCUCCCUGCCCUGGCCCUGCUGGGGGGUGGUGGGCACACUCCCAGUCUCCCAUUCUCUGCCCAUCCCAAGCUCGGGGAGCCUGCCCAGCGGACAGGCCCAGAUCUGCCAUUUGGCUCUGCUUCCAAGGCAGAACCCCCGCAGCUGGGCGAAAACAGUGAUUCAUGCCCGGCCUCCAGGGGCGGAGGCGGGAGGGUGCCAAGCUUUCAAGUCCUUCCCUCUCUCCCUCUGCCUCAGGGCUGGGGCCCCUGCUCCGGGAGCAAAGGAGCCCUUUCUUCUGGAGCUUGUUUACUUUCCUAGAGGGGAGCUCUCGCCAAGGGCCUGUGGGAGCAACUCUGCUCUGGGCCUGGCGGGGCCCUGGCUCUCUCUCCUUUCCGGGACAAUGUGAUGCCCUGUCUCCUCCCUGCUCCAAAAGACCCUUUGGGUGGGGUGGUGGGGGAUGAGGAGAGGGCUGUGGGGGGCCUAUCCUGGGCUGUGCAACCUGGAAACCCACUCUCCUGGCUCCGGGAGGGAGGUGGGCCACUCCCUGUUGCAGUGCCAACUCCAAGAUGCCACCGAGCAUGUGCGCCCUGAGCCGAGGGGCCACGGACCACCUGCCUGGACAAUGCUGCGGCCCUCAGGGAUGUCCUCGGGGACGCUGGCCUCAUAGCUGCUCUGCAGAAAGAUGGGCCGGUUGUCAUUCACGUCCAGGACAGUGACGAACACAGUGGCCGUGCCCGUGCGCCGCUUGCCUACAGGGCCAUUGUCUGCAGGAGACGGAGGGAGAUGGGGUGUCAGUGGCAGCCUGGGCUGGAGCACGCCCAGGGGCACUAGCUAAGGAUGCUUUGUUCCUAUACCUACUCGUGCCUCUGCAGGAGGUGGCUCUUUUCCUUUUUAGAUUAGAGAUAAUAAUAUCUAAUAUUUAGAUAACACCAUCUACCAGAUGCUACUCUAACCCCUUCAGUCCUGAUGACAGCCCUGUGAGGUCAGCACCAUUUUUAUUCCCUUUUUACAGAUGGGGAAACUGAGGCCCACAAUCACAAAGCCAUGUGUUAUCAGGGUCCAGGUGGGUGAGGCACACAGGUGGAAUCCCUGGGUGCAUCCAUUACAGGGGCAGCUGUCCUCCGUUCACAGCAGCCAGGAGACUGUGGGCCCAGGAAUGCCAGCUCUUCUGAUUUCUCAAGAGAAACUCAACAUCAGAAUUUUUAAA